AUGCCGUCCGCACGACAGAUACAGAAGCUGUCAGAUGACAUUCCAGGUCUCGACAUAUACUUGCGGGACUUCGCAAACACUGUGCCCGCAGAUGACGUCGAAGCUCUCCUGCAAGAGAAGGUCGUGAUCGGCGUUUUGACUCAGCUCAAGAACGAGGAAUGGCAAAACAAUCUCCGCUACGCAAAUCUCGCUGCCAUCCUAAUCAAGAAGAUGGGCGAAGAUCCAGACGUCGAUGAAGGCACAAUGGAGGAGCAGCAGCUGAAGAGGUGGGCGGUCAAGACUCGACGUAUUCUGUCGAAAGUUCGAGUCCCGGGAAGCACAAGCGGAGACGAUCUCUACUCCAUCACGACCCUCUACAAUCAUCCCGUCAAAGGAUACUGGGCGAAGAAGCUAGGCGGUCGACAGCUCUCCAAGUGGGACGCCCAGGUUGUGGCUCCCGCAGCUCCUCGUGCGCGUCGUGGAGCGCCUGGCGGUGGAAGGAAGCAGUCAGCGAAGCGCAAGAACCUUUUCAGAGCUAUGGGCGGCACACCACCAGGAUAUGGACAGCCAGGAGAGCGGCCGGCUCAGGAACUGAGAGCUGCACCAAACCUCGCUCCCGCCGCAUCGACUGCAGAUACUACCAUGCCACCCGCCAUUACGGGUGCCAAUGUGGCGGGAGCCGGGCAGUCAGCCGCUCCUCGAGCUGUGGGAGAUCCGGAUGGAAAGUCAUGA